GGCGCGGCUCCGGCUCCAACAUGGCGCAGGCUGGCGGCGGCGCCGGGGGCCGCGGGCUCGGCGGGACCCGCUGGGGGCGCCCGGGCUCCGCCGCCCACGAGAAGCUGCCGGUGCACGUGGAGGAUGCGCUCACGUACCUAGACCAGGUGAAGAUUCGCUUUGGCAGUGACCCGGCCACCUACAAUGGCUUCCUGGAGAUCAUGAAGGAGUUCAAGAGCCAGAGCAUCGACACUCCUGGAGUCAUCCGCCGGGUGUCCCAGCUCUUCCACGAGCAUCCGGAUCUUAUCGUGGGGUUCAACGCUUUCCUCCCCCUGGGCUACAGAAUCGACAUUCCGAAGAACGGGAAGUUGAAUAUCCAGUCACCUCUGGCAGCCCAGGAGGGAGCCCACCACCAUGGGGACAUGGCCGAGGGCCUCCGGCAGCAGGUACCCUGCAAGGAGGACAAGGCGCAGGCGCCACUGGAGGCCGACUCGGUGGAAUUCAACAACGCCAUCAGCUAUGUGAAUAAGAUCAAGACCCGCUUCCUCGACCACCCGGAGAUCUACAGGUCAUUCCUGGAAAUCCUGCAUACCUACCAGAAGGAGCAGCUGAGCGCACGGGGCCGGCCACUGCGAGGCAUGUCAGAGGAGGAGGUGUUCACCGAGGUGGCCAGCCUCUUCCGUGGUCAGGAGGACCUGCUGUCUGAGUUCGGACAGUUCCUGCCAGAAGCCAAGCGCUCCCUGUUCACAGGGAAUGGGCCGUGUGAGGUGAGCAGCAUGCCCAAGGGCGAGCACGACAGGGGCCUGGAGCACAGCAAGAAGCGCUCACGGCCCUCGCUGCUGCGGCCCGUGUCAGCGCCCGCCAAGAAGAAGAUGAAGCUCCGCGGCACCCGGGACCUGUCGGUGGCAGCUGUGGGCAAGUACGGCACACUGCAGGAGUUCUCCUUUUUCGACAAGGUGCGCAGGGUGCUGAAGAGCCAGGAAGUCUACGAGAACUUCCUGCGCUGCAUCGCGCUCUUCAACCAGGAGCUGGUGUCCGGCUCUGAGCUCCUGCAGCUCGUCAGCCCAUUCCUUGGGAAAUUUCCAGAACUCUUUGCACAAUUCAAGUCCUUCCUGGGGGUGAAGGAGCUGUCGUUCGCCCCGGCCUUGAGCGACAGGUCUGGGGACACCAUGAGCCGGGAGGUGGACUACUCGUCCUGUAAGCGCAUCGGCUCCAGCUACCGGGCACUACCGAAAACCUACCAGCAGCCGCGCUGCAGCGGGAGGACGGCCAUCUGCAAGGAGGUGCUGAACGACACUUGGGUGUCCUUCCCCUCCUGGUCGGAGGACUCAACCUUCGUCAGCUCCAAGAAGACGCCGUACGAGGAGCAGCUGCAUCGCUGUGAGGACGAACGCUUCGAGUUAGACGUUGUCCUGGAAACUAACCUGGCCACCAUCCGGGUGCUGGAGAGCGUACAGAAGAAGCUGGCACGCAUGGCGCCCGAGGACCAGGAGAAGUUCCGGCUGGACGACUGUCUGGGUGGAACUUCAGAGGUGAUUCAGCGCCGCGCGGUGCACCGCAUCUACGGAGACAAGGCCCCGGAGAUCAUCGAGAGCCUGAAGAAGAGCCCCCUCACCGCCGUGCCUGUCGUGCUGAAAAGGCUGAAGGCCAAGGAGGAGGAGUGGCGGGAGGCCCAGCAGGGCUUCAACAAGAUCUGGCGUGAGCAGUACGAGAAGGCCUACCUCAAGUCCCUGGACCACCAGGCCGUGAACUUCAAGCAGAACGACACCAAGGCACUGCGCUCCAAGAGUCUGCUCAACGAGAUAGAGAGCGUGUAUGACGAGCACCAGGAGCAGCACUCGGAGGGUCGAGGGGCCCCCUCCAGCGAGCCGCACCUCAUCUUCGUUUACGAGGACCGGCAGAUCCUGGAGGACGCAGCCGCGCUGGUCAGCUACUAUGUGAAGCGGCAGCCGGCCAUCCAGCGCGAGGACCAGGCCACCAUCCAGCAGCUGCUGCACCACUUCCUGCCCGGCCUCUUCUUCCCGCAGCAGCUGGACCUGCGCUCCGGCGACCUGGGCGAUGAGGUGCGGGCCAGCCCCCCGCCGCUGGACACUGAGCACCCCACUGCCGUCUCUGAGCGCAAGAAGCCCACACCCCCUCCGGAGCCUCCGCUGCCUCCUCCUCCAGGCAGCCCCCUGCCGUCCGACAAGGUGGCAGCGGGCGAGGCCCCGGCCGAUGAGCCCCCGCCCCCGCCCCCACCGCCACCACCACCCCUGCCCCCUAAGCCGCUGGACGACGUGUACAGCCUGUUCUUCGCCAACAACAACUGGUACUUCUUCCUGCGGCUGCACCAGACACUGUGCUCACGGCUGCUGAAGAUCUACCGGCAGGCACAGCGGCAACUGCUGGAGCACCGCGCCGAGCAGGAGCGCCAGAGCCUGCUGGGCCAGGGCCGGCGUGAGCGCGGCAGUGACCCGGCCACCGAACUGCGGCUGAAGCAGCGUAGUGAGGUGGAGCUGGAAGAGUACUACCCGGCCUUCCUGGACAUGGUGCGCAGCCUGCUGGAUGGCAGUGUGGACCCCACGCAGUACGAGGACGCACUACGGGAGAUGUUCACGAUUCACGCCUACGUGGGCUUCACCAUGGACAAGCUCGUGCAGAGCAUCGCCCGCCAGCUACACCACCUGGUGAGUGACGACGUGUGCCUGAAGGUGGUGGAGCUUUUCGUUACGGAGAAGAAGAGGGGUGCGGCGGGUGGGAACCUGACCUCCCGCUGCGUCCGCGCUGCCAGGGAGACCAGCUACCAGUGGAAGGCGGAGCGCUGUAUGGCGGACGAGAACUGCUUCAAAGUGAUGUUCCUGCAGCGCAAAGGACAGGUGAUCAUGACCAUUGAGUUGCUGGACACAGAGGAGGCCCAGACGGAAGACCCGGUAGAGGUUCAGCACCUGGCCCGCUAUGUGGAACAGUACGUGGGCGCUGAUGGCACCUCCGGCUCGCCUCGGGAUGGCUUCCUGCUUAAGCCUGUGUUCCUGCAGAGGAACCUGAAGAAGUUCCGGCGGUGGCAGUGCGCGCAGGUGCGGGCGCUGCGUGGGGAGGCCAAGGGCUCGUGGAAGAGGCUGGUGGGCGUGGAGAGCGCCUGCAACGUGGACUGCCGCUUCCGGCUCAGCUCGCACAAGAUGAUGUUCAUCGUCAACUCGGAGGACUACAUGUACCGGCGCGGCACGCUCUGCCGGGCCAAGCAGGUACAGCCCCUGGUCCUGCUGCGCCACCACCGCCACUUCGAGGCGUGGCACGGCCGCUGGCUGCAGCACAACGUGACGGUGGAGGCCGCUGGCCUUGUUCAGGACUGGCUGAUGGGCGAGGAGGACGAGGACCUGGUGCCCUGCAAGACGCUGUGCGAGACGGCGCACGUGCACGGGCUGCCUGUCACGCGCUACCGCGUGCAGUACAGCCGCCGGCCCGCAUCGCCCUGACGCCCCGACCGGGGCCCUGGCGGCCUGAAGGGGCGCCCACCCCCGCCCCUCCCUGCCCCCCGAUGCGUGCCAAAUCCCACCCAGGGAAGUGGGAGCCCAAACACGCCACGGCUCAGGGUCCCACAGACCCAGGCCUAGCGGGCUCCCCGCAGAGGGCCCUGGACUCCCUGUCGCCUCCCCUGCCCAUGCUGAAAUGUACAGGACACUUUGGGGUGAAGGCCCAGAUGGUGGGGGGAACCUGGUCAGUGCGGACCCUGCCCUGGGACCCGGAGCUGCCUCACCACGAGUUGAACCCACAGCAGAGAGGGGUUUGGGGGCGCCCUGAACAUUCUAGAAACAUAUGCGUGCACAUAUUUAUUCCUUUUCGCUUCUUAGUGGUUGUCACGUCGCCGCAGCUGGGGACGCAGCACCUUGGGGUGAUACCCCCAGCCCCCUACACAGCCCCACCCCCCAGCCCCCAUGCCAGGCCAGGAAACUUUCUGAUGUUCCAGUGGGACUGGAGGUGGACGGAGCCUGGACUCUAGAGCCAGGGCCCCCAGGUCCAGCCCUGCCCUGGAAGGGCUCAGGGGUGCCCCCUGCAUGCUUCUAGGGAGCCUGGCGCGCUUGGGAUGACUCUGUUCUGGGCCUGGCGCUUCCUUGCGGCUGUCUUGAAUGUAGUUUUCCUUUUCUAUUUAUUUGCACAUUAAACCAGAACAUUAAGUAUU